CUUCUUCCAAGCAAAACUCCAAAAACCAACGCAUAAGAUUAGCGUCAGAGACACACAAGCCGAUAAGAACAACUCCCUUCUUCUUCCUCUUCUUCCACAAACUCACCACUCAUUUAAAAUUAAAACGACCGUCGUUUAUUCUUCCCUCUUCCUCUCCUUCCCUCCCUCGCAUUGCGCCCUUCACCGAGCAUACAUAAACGACGCCCUUUCCCUUUCUAUCCCCUGUCGUUUCUGCCAAUUAUUAUUUUUUUAAAAAAGGAAAAUAUCUGUUGUGUUUGGCUUUGUGGAACCGUUCACACGUUUUGUUUCUUCCUUUCUCUCUCUCCAAUGGGAAACGCUAACGGCAGAGAAGACGGUGCCAUUGGCACCGCCGGCGACACCUCCGCCGCUGACUCCGCCGUACGUGGAGCUCACGCGCCCGACUCCCGACCUCCCGUUCGCGCCUUCUCCACCGAUUCCAUGGCCAAUAGCCCGCCUCAGAGUCCUCGCCGCUCCAGAUCGCCGAUCCUCUUCGGACCUCAGGUUCCUCUAGCUCCACUCCAAAGAGGUAAUGGCCCCCCAUUUAUCAAUCAAAUGUGGCAGAAUGAGUCUCAUGGUAUUGUUAAUCACCCUCCUGAGCAAGGAAUCCCUGUCAUGAUUACAUGGAAUUAUGGUGGUAAUAAUGUGGCUGUGGAGGGAUCUUGGGAUAACUGGACAUCUAGGAAGGCAUUGCAACGAGCUGGUAAAGAUCACUCAAUUCUUAUAGUCUUGCCAUCAGGUAUUUAUCAUUACAGGUUCAUUGUGGAUGGGGAACAGAGAUAUAUUCCAGAACUUCCUUAUGUGGCUGAUGAGAUGGGGCACGUCUGCAAUCUUCUUGAUGUUAAUGAUUAUGUGCCAGAAAACCCUGAAGGUGUGUCCGAGUUUGAGGCGCCAGCCUCCCCAGAAUCCAGUUAUGGUCAAGCGUUCCCAGCCGAGGAAGAUUUUGCAAAAGAACCAAUGGCCGUUCCUUCACAGCUGCAUCUUACUGUACUAGGUAUGGAAAACUCUGACAUAGGUUCCUCGUCAAAGCCUCAACAUGUUGUGCUAAAUCACGUCUUCAUAGAGAAAAACUUGGCCUCAAAAUCUGUUGUCGCACUGGGACUUACUCACAGGUUUCAGUCGAAAUAUGUUACAGUCGUCCUUUACAAACCACUCAAGAGGUAAAUAUGUGACCCGGCUGUACUUUAUAAAAUCUCCUUUUUGUUUUUUGUUUUUGUUCUUUUGUAGCUUCAGUCUGUAAAGGUGAAAGGUUUGAAUAAUACUUCCAAAGGUGUUAUAUGAAGGUCUUGUGUCUAUAGAUAUGCUUCAAAAAAGUAACUCGCGCUUCUUUUUUCUGA